AUGCUAAUUUCUUUGCCUUCUCUCUUUUGCUCACUCCACCCCGCUUCACCAACCCCCUUCCCCCCAAGAAACGAGGCACCCUUCGGGCGGUGGACCGUGCCUUGCGGCGAGUGGAGACGCCGGAAGAGCGCGGGCAGAGCGCGCGGUGCCCACACCCUUGACCGCCGGGUGAAUGCGGGUGGCCGCGGCUGGCGCGGAAGAAGGGAGAGGGUCCGGAGCGCGGGGUCUAGGCGGCACCCCUCCAUCCCCCCCUCCGCCGAGUCUGGGGAGCUCCCACACGAGGCCCGGGGCCCGCAGCCCCCGGCUGGGCCCGGGCGGGGAUGGGCGGGCGGGGGGCGGAGCGCGGCGCUGCGCGGGGCGGCGGGAAAGGGGCGGGGAGGACAGCUCAGGCUCUGGCGGGCAGAGGGACGGUGGCAGAACCUGCGGGCUAGGUGGGAGGCUCACCGUCAGGGAGGAAAGGCAGCUAGGACCGCACGGCUGGGCAGCGAAGAGACGCUGGGGGAGUCCGGGGCUCAGGUCGCCUACACCUUCUCCUGCAGCGGACACAGCGCAGCGGGCGGCGCACCGGCCGCAUCGGCUAUCCUGCGCGCAGGUGGGCACCCCCGCGCGCAGCGCUCUGUUCCCCUCCAGGGCCGCCGCGGGCCGGACGCCCUGGCGUCCAGGCCACCAAGCUCUCGGGGACGAGGACCGGGCAGGUCCGGGGGCAGCGGGAAGGUGCACGGCCCCUUGGUGUGCCCGCCUGUGAGCGCGCGCUGUGCUCGGUGGGGAAGAGGUGCGGAGAAGCCGCCUCCCUGGAGAUUCUGCCCCGCGGGUCUCCCGGUCCCCACCCCCACCCCCUCCUCGAGAGCCGAGCCCUGGAGUGGCUUCGGAGGACUGCGACCGCCCCCCACCCCCAUUUCGGGGGUGCGUGCAGGUCGCUCCUCUUCCCAGUCUACACCCAGGAACCAUUCGGAGGCCCCCUGCUCGGGGGCCCUCGGGACUGUAGAAACCUGGGGAAACGGGAGAGCGGUGGCAGGACCAGCCGGGGCGUGUGCGGGGAAGGUAGGAGUUGCUGGAGUAUUGUCUGCCGGGCCGGUGCCUGAGCCCGCGCGUUCGCUCGCGCUUUCAGGGCCAGAGUGGGGUUGGGGGAGGGGGGAAAGAGGGUGGGAUGGGGUCUGCCGAACUUCUCUCCGAAGGCAGACGGUGCACAUGCACUUGGCGCCUUGUGCACGUUUGGAUGAGGGUUUAGUGGAGGCACAUGGGAGCAGGAUUGGUCGCCGGCGGCCCCCCACAAGAGCCUCUCGGGAUGGCCCAGCGCGUGUUCGGGGUCGGGAAGGAAGGGAGUGUGAGUGUGUGUGAAUGUCCGUCCUAGGGAGAAGGAGGAGAGUGGCUCAAGGAGACUUGAUUUUUUGGAUUGGCUGCAGUUCUUUAAACCAAGCCAGGCUUUCGGGGCGUUAAAGUAAAUUGCGGGUGGCAGUGUGGAAGCCAAAACGGGAGCUUCCCGAAGUGGUUUCUGAAAAAUAAAGAUAAGCUAGUACAGGAAUCAGAAAAACCACAGGUAUGUAGAACAAUUAAUACACCUAGCUGGCUUUAUAAUUAUUGCAUUCCAGUAUCUUGCCAUUUAUAUAGACUUUUAUGAAGUGAAACCUAUUUUGAGGUAUUCCCAAGGAGAAAACGGCUUAUUCUAUUCUAGACAAUGUAUUUAAAUAAAAUCCUGCAUUACUUUUUACUCUGCUAAGAGAAGCAUUGUUUGUUGUGACCAUGUGUCUUUGCAUUUAACCCAUUGUUGCUUGAUACUUGCUUUGAAAUUCAAACACUUCCCAAAACUGUAUAAAACUGCCCAUUUUGGGGAAUAAUUGCAUUUGGGACACUUUUAACAGGUCACCCUGUUGAGCCAACGUAACCGCAUCUGCUUUUCACAAAAAUUACGUCUCACUUGACUUGGCAUACCAUUCUCAGGCAGAAUACCAAUGCGUUAAGCUGCUUCUUUUAAAUUAGCUCCCCUCUUUUUUUUUUUUUUAAACUGUCUUGUCUGUCCAUUUUCUUCUCCUACCAAGCUAAACAUAUACAACGUACCUUCAUAAUUCACCCAUUUCACUGAAUUAACAGCUGGUUUCAUACGGGAUCAAAGACAAUCAGAUUGAGGCCGUUUUUCAUUUUGAUGCAAUUUAAAAGAAUUGGCCUUUGAGGGUCUUUCAGAUAUGAAGUUUUGCAUAUUAAGGCCCUUUUCCAACAGCUGGGUAGCAUAGUGUUAUGAAUGGUAGAGGAAGAGGGGGGUUCAUCCCUGUGGAUUUUUACCUUAGAAUGGUGCUCUCAUGAGGAAGCUAAAGUUAUUAAUACGUUGGCUGUAUAAGGGACAGACAUCAAAAUGGCUGUUAAAGAGAAAGAAGCCUUCUCUUUCCUCAGGGUGUAUGCAUUCAUCACAAUGCGGGAAUGUGGUGAUAUCUUGUGAUUUUUGACAUUCUGCCUUUACAGCUGAAGAGGGAUUUAAUUAGCCCCUGCCAGUGAGGGUGUAAAACAAAGUCAGAUGCUGUUCCCGAAGCUUAAAAAGUCCAAAUUGGACACUUACCAGUAGAAAGCACACUGGGAGCUCUGACUCAGAAAGUAUAGGCUGCAGUAAGGACUGAGAGGUUCUUACUAUAAAGGUUCUUACAUCCCAUGGAGAUGGAGUGGCUUCUGGAAAGUUCGAGGACAUUUAGGAGCACGUAAGUUUGCACUUAGAUUCCUUAUCUGACUCCGGCCUCUGGGAAGUAACUAAUCAAUCCCUCAAAGGCUUUUAAUAGGAAUAGGGUCUAAUCUUCUAGGGCAGAAAGGAAGAGGGCAACAAGUUGACAUUUUAUUCCGGUUUUGAAUCCUGCCAAACUCAUCAUAGAGACUUGAGGUGCUGUAGAGAUUUUAUGACGUAUAGAAUCCAUACAAUAAAGUGUAAAAUGCACUAUUUUCGAUGUGUCCUGCUCAGUGAAUUUUGACACGUGCACACCCCAUGUGAACCCCACCCAGGUGAAGAUAGAGGACACAUCCACUACCCCCGAUUUUCUCUUUCCCCUUCUGGGCAGUUUUUAUCCCACUUCCAACCUGAAUGAAGGUAGCCAUGUUGUGAUUUUUUUCCCACAUUGUAAUUUUUAAAAACUCCAUCCGCUAGUUUUGUCUGCUGUUAAGCUCCAUAUAAAUAGUAUGCUACAGAAGGGAUCCUUGUGUAUGUCCUACACAUUAACAUAAUGUCUAGGAGAUUCACCCGCGUUACUGUGUGUGGUAGUCAUUCAUUCUAGUUUCUUACUGAUUUGCAGUUCCAGUGUAUGGACCUGCGUUUGCUUAUCCAUUCUGUUGGAGUUUUGGGUGGUUUUCAGUGUGUGGCUUAUAUGAAUAAAGCAGCUAUGAACUUUUUAAAAAAAUUUUUAAAGAUUUUAUUUGAGAGAG